GCUUGAGAUUAGGGUUUGAAGGGGCGCGCAUGCAUUAUAUGAUUUGGCGCUAUAGACAGGGCAACAGCUCAGGGCACAGACAAGCGCAGAUGACCAACUUUGGGCCUGGCGCCUAGUACUAGCGCCCCCGAAAGCUACUGUGAGAGAGGAGCUGGAAGGAAUACCUUCCUUCGCAACGUAGAAAAUGAAGCUCCAUACUUUAUGAAAAAGCUCACAGGCAGCACUUUGUUAAAAUGCUUGUAUCGGGUGCCGUGUCAAAUACCAUACUAAGAUCUUGUGUUUGCAGUUGGUGGCCGUGGAUCGACCAACAACCAAAUGAUGUCUUGGCACCGAAAGCAGAUUGUGUCUUCGCAUGCCAAAUAUCAAUCUAGGUGUGAAUCAGCUCGGGAGAAAAGCUUUGACACUCAGUUCCAAAAAGGGCAAAGGGUCAUUGGAUACAGUGGUUUUGCCUGGUGAAAGCGCCUAGUGGCAGGGGAAGAGCCAAGCCUUGGUCCAGCGUGAUGGUACAAAUCUACGGCGGGAUAAAGAAUCAUCUGGUCUGCUGGAAGGACUUGCAGCACAUGCGUGUGAAACCCAGGUUUGUAAGCCCGUGACAGCAUUAUGGAGACUACCGUCCACUACCGAUCUCCGGAUCCUAUACAGAACUUGCGAAUACGCGUCAACAUAACUAGAGUCAGCGCACCAAGGCAGAUCCGUGGCCCUAUCGAACAGAGGUCCCCAAGAGCAGCCCCCAUUGCGGAGGCUGCAGAACUGCCGCUUCCUCCUUCAGCUGGAGAAGCCCCCGCCAGCCCAAAGGCCGACGUUCCAGACCGCGGUAGCCAUGGUGCCAUGUGGCAGACACUCACCCGCACCUUUGACUGGCAGGAGAAAGUUUUUGGCAGCGGGGAGGUCCGGCACCUGCUUGCAACGGACCCUGCCUCAUUGUCAGCCCUGGAGAGUAGAUACAAAACGGCUAUAAAUACGGAAGGCACCAGUGGUUCCCCGCUAUUUACGUACGUCCAUGCGGACCGCUUUGUGGAAGACAUGGAACGAGAAAGCUCGGUGACGACGUCCGCAUCAGAGGGUAGCAGCCACCUGGUGGAGUCGGUGUUUGGCAGGAAAUCGAAAAGGGAGUUCAAGUACCAGGCCAUGUACAUACUAGUCAACGCCAACGAACAAAGUAGCAACGAGGCUUGGAAAGGACCAGGCGAAGAGGGGAGGGUGCUCUGCUGCAUCAAGGCGUAUGCAAACGGCAGCUUCGAUGUCAAGCCGGGCUUCACCAGCGGAGGCACGCCGUACCGUUUUGUCGCUCCUGGGGGGGGCGUCUUCGAGUACACGCUGGAGAAUGCAGCUAACAACGACGUCAGCACAUUGGAGGCGAGGCAACAGAGGCUGGCAAAGGAGCUGCUUACACGGGCGGCUGGGCUGCGGCGCAUGGUGGGCGCGGGCGACUUCGAGGCGCCCCCCGGCCCGUCGUCGGACGCGGUGCGGCUGCUGCUCAACGUCGAGAUCGUGGCCGCCAAGGCGUUCCAGCGGGACCGCCUGUUUGUGGAGUAUCACCUCAAGUACGACGACACGGUGUGGGAGUGCGGCGAGCAGUGGCUGCCGCAGCUGCACGGCUUCACCCAGAUCUCGGUGGGCCGGCGCGUGCACUUUGCGGAUGACGACCUGCCCACGUCGCUCGCGUGCUUCGGGCACCCUUUCGAGGUGGAGCUCACCGCGCAAAAGGAGCCCGCGGCGGCGUGGCCUAUCCUGUACUUCCACGUGGCGUCCUACGACCGCUGGGACCGCUGCCGCCCUGAGGGCUACGGCUACCUCGCGCUCGCGGGCCACUGCCCAGGUACGCGCGAGCACGUUGUGGACACGUGGCGUCCCGUGGGGUCCGUGCGGCAGCAGUUGCACAGCUUCUUCGUGGGCGGGGGGCCGCAAUUGCGCGACGUCACGUACGUCCGGCAACCCGUCGAUUGGGCGGGGCCCGUAUUGUCGAAGUACGGCUUCCGGACGCAACCUGCGGGGCAGGUCAAAAUCCGGACGAGCAGCAUGCUGCACAAGAGGCGCGUCAAGCCUCUGGCUGCUUCUGGGUACGCCAUCCCGCGGUCCCUCAGCCCCACGAAGCCACCCAAGCAAAGGUCCGCUUUCGCCCUGAUAGAGCGCGCGCGGCAACGCUUGGCUGAAGCGAAAGCGAGCGAAACCCUGAAAGGACACAGCAUUGAAAGGCCGCCGCCAUAAUUCUGAUCCAAUUGGUGCAAUUGGUGAGACUGAUUGCGAGUCAGCGACGGUGCCUGCAGAACAUGCGCGCGUGGCGGUAAUAGGGCAACCGUUGCUCAUUACAUCAGCUUAUCACGGCACCAUGGCCCGCGGUGGUUUCAUUAUUCACGUUAGUCGCUGGCCCCCCGCAAAGCAACGACCUAGCAUCUCUCUGACAGAUCCCCUACGAACCGUCUGGCGGUGCCGCAUAUGGCAUCCGUCCACGGUAAGGAACGACAUCAAUCCGGCUGCAAAU